CCCAGACAUCACAUCUUCAUCAACGACACUGCGACAUCGUACGUUGUCGCUGUCGCUCGUGUCAUUUGUGGCGAGGCCGUCCAGCCACUGUGGCAAUUGGUAUUCCGUAUUCCGCGUGGCAUCCAGAUGCAGAAAGCUCCUUCUGCUGCAGCCAAUCUCUCGUCAGGAAACCACGGCUGGCUCGCACGCUACAGCACCUCUAGCGCUGUCACAUUGAAACCUUCUGAAUGCCAGCAUGCAUUGGAACUACUUGAAGAAGUUGGCAGGUCGCAGGCAUGGGUGCCCUGCACUUGCGUACAACCACCUACUCGCUCCCAGAAAUCGAUCAAGAUGAAUGUCAACGUACGAACAUUGCUAUCCGCGGCGUUCUUUAAGUUCAUCAAGGCGCUCGAAUACGAGACUGCGAACCCAGACCAAGAUGGUCCUAGCGAACAUCCAACAGCAGGAAACCGUCGACCCACUUCAAGCCGCCACUCAUACGACGAUUUCGCUGAUUCAGGCGUUGUGCCUCUCCCACCACCACCGCAGGCUCCGGCAAAUACAGCCAGCAGAGCCUCUGCCUUCAGCGAUGAGAAGACACAUCAAAGCCCACAAGAUUUAUCGCUCGACCGCACCGCCAGUAAUGGUAUCUCGACUGGUACAGCACAUCAGCGAAGCCCUGUUGGACGUGGCGGCAGCUAUAUGGCAUGA